AUGCCCGCAUUAAGGUAUAAAACUUGCCGUCUACUUUCAGGAAAUGUUCGGAAUAAGGAACUUACAAUAGUUCAACGCCGCAUUCUCCGAAAUUUGAGAAUGAAGAAAAGAUCUAUUAAGAAAAAGAUUUAUCCUAGAAAAAACCGUAACAGUUACAUACAAUUACAAACUACACGAAAGUUGUCCCUUUUUCAUGGUAAUUUACCCAUCACAAAGAUGCACAGAAGAACAAAACGAACUUCAUAUAUCCCUUUUCUACUCAAUCCAGAAACAAGAUUGGACGUUAUUCUGGUUCGUCUACAUUUUUGUGAAACUAUUCCUCAAGCAAGGCAGCCGAUAAGUCAUCGAAAAGUGUGUGUGAAUAAUGGAAUAGUAAACAUUCGUCAUUUGAAAGUUUCCCACGGCGAUAUAAUAUCUUUUCAAGAAAAUUACGCGAGAACCCGCGGUAAAGAAAUAAGGAGAUUUUUCUAUAUCAAAAUAUCAGUUGAAAAAAUCAUAGGCAAAUUAAGGGUUCACCGGGUAAGAAUGCGGAGAAGAAGCAAAACAGAAUGGUUCCGCCGAGUAAGAAUGUGGAGAAGAAGCAAAACGGAAUGGUUCCGCCGACUCAAAACUAAGAAGAAAUGCCGCCUACUACUAAAAGACAAAGACCAGUUUUUGCAAAAGUUACAUUCUUCUAUGCAAAAAGAAGACUUAAAAAGAACAAAGAAGUUUGGAUCCGACGCUGAGCACAACAGAAUGAAGAGGAAUUUUGAUCACUCCGUGACCUUAUCGAAGAAGAGAAGGAAGAGAAGAAUCAAAAGGAUAGAACUACCUACUCAUUAUUCGGAGGUCAAUCAUAGAACACUAAAAGCUGUGGUAUCUUAUGGACCUAACAUAGAUCACAUCCCUCACCACAUAAGAUUGAAAGAUCCAAACCUUCCUCUUCGGAGCGGAAAGGGGCGUGGCCAAAACACAUAA